AUGCCUGCAACAUGGAAUAGAGCAUCUUCCAACUUACGUUGCGAGGAGGCCGGCUGCGAAAGUAAGACCUACUCGACUCCCUCCAACCUCGCCAGACAUAUCCAGUCGAAACACGGCGAGCCCGUUCAGAUGCCUUGCGGCAUAAUUAGACAAGAUCACCGAUCCAACUCCCGCCGUCACCAGUUCGGGUGCUCCGGAUGCCGUGCAAUUCUGGGGUUGCCCUCCCUUGACGCCCUCGGGUCCCCGAUCCUCAAUGAUACACUCAACGAGGUCGGCAACACCAUCGACACCUUCGAUGUCGUCGGAGCCCAUCUUUUCGACGACAACCUCGUCGAGACCGACAGCAUCUUCGAUGAUAUUGGGACCCUGGUCCUCAAUGACGCCGUCGACGAGUUCGCUGACGCUUUCGCUAUUAAUUCGAGAGACCACAUCGACGUCUAUAAUCCCAACAAUGGAUCAGAUGGGAACGCAUUCUCGCACCGCGGGCGUCGACACGCAGCUAAUCAGAGACUAGGAGCCCUCGUGCCCAUACCUCCCUGGGCUGUAGUUCUCAUCGUUUCAGGGGCCUUUGACGUCAAGUUGUGUCAUGAGUUAGCAUCAUCACGCGACGAGACAGCAAUGAUGGGGGUCGUUUUCCAAGCAAACUUUGUAAGGUUGGUCAUCGAGAAAUUCGCUUUCGCGGAUGAUCAGUCAGGAGACCGUCCCCAGCACGACCGAAACCCUCGCUCACUGACGUGUGUGGUCAAAUCAGGCGGGACGUGGGAUGAACUCCACUUGCCAAAGACCAAGACAAAAGCAUUCGGCUCGCCCCGACGUGACUGGGAAUUCGCCAUCAGCUCCUCAUGUCGGAUUCCGACAGCUCGUAUACGUGCUGCACUACUUGUCCUCUUUCAUAAUUGUCUGCGAGGCUGUUGGGCAUUCCUACCAAGGUACGGUGCAAAGUACCUAUCAGAUAUUGCGCGGAAGAACCAAGUACUAGAAGAGAGGGCUCCGGUCGAUGAGAAAAUGGCAAAGUGA